CGUCAAAUAGACAGAGCUCAAUUUUGGCUCUACAAUUUCGAUUUUUCAACGUUACUCGCUGGUCGACAGAGAGGGGUUUGUGCCUCUAUGGGGUAAUGUUUCGUGUUAAUUAUUCGCAUGUGGAAAGCAAUACCGAGACAAACAGAGGAGGAAUGGAGGAGAAAAGAGAGUAGAGGUCUAAGAGAGUGAGGGAAGAAGAGGGUGAGUUUGAAUCGGACAAAUUGCGGAAAAAAAGGGAUAUUGUUUGUCAUAGAAGAAUGGUAGAUAGUGUAAGCAGAGGGAGCUGAAGACGGGAGUAAUUGAAGUGAAUUAGGGUGAAGUAUCGGAGGUGGUAGGUGCGGUAAAGUUAUCGGAGACCGAGGUAUGCACCGAGGAUCAGAUUGAAGAAGAGUCUGACAGUGGGAGUUAAGUUUGUGGAAAAAGUGGACUCUUGCCUUUCGGCUGAUCCAAUUGCGUUUUCACGGUGGGUGAAAAAAAGAGUUGGGUCAUGUGGAAUCGGUCAAAAAUGUUUGCUGUCCGAAGCUUUCGAUCUUUACAAUUCUCAUUUUCACAGCUUGGAGGCACACAACAAUGUCUCAGAAGUCUGUCAGGCUCGUCUAAUGUAGUCCAGAAGAACGAUGACAUGCCUUUACAGAUGGAGAAUCCAUACAAACAACCACAGAAGGGCUGUAUUCUCUGUAACAUCACAGUGGACUUCAAGAAUGUUCAGCUGCUAUCCCAGUUUAUAUCCCCACACACAGGAAGAGUUUACGGCAGGCACAUAACAGGUCUAUGUGGUAAGAAACAGCGGGAGAUCGCCAAAGCCAUAAAGAAAGCUCAUUCGAUGGGAUUCAUGUCUGUAACCCACAAGGACCCACAUUUUAUGAAAGAUCCAAACAUCUGUGACAUCCGGCACUUGGAGUAACUGUGUCCGCCUGUAUUGUGGAGCUAGUCUAGCAUAGAUACUGUAAUUGUGUAUUAAAACAUGUUUCAAUGUGGAA